UUUGCAGUUAGCAAAACAUCCCAAACAGAAAGCUGUCAAUGCUUAAAAGAAUGGACAAGAAUUAUGGCUUCUGUUGACUUGUUGUGAUUAGGUUAAUAAGUCAAUUUAGUGGUGCUUUAUAUAGUGUUAGAAUUUAGAAUAAUAAGGAUGCACAAUCAUUAAGAUGCACCACUCAAUAAUCAUUAAGAGCAUACAUAUCUGUACAGGCUAUACUGACACCAGUCAUUAUUAUAUAUAGUUAUAGUUAAUGUAUAGCUAGUAUAUAGUAUAUCGUAUAUUAGUACUGCAUCCCAGAAGUAACAAAGUUAUAUGAGAAUCUGAGAGCAAAUAUGAACACUACUGCAACAGAACUGAAAAAUGCCACCACUGAUGCUAAAUGUAGAAGGAAACUCCUCUACAAUAGUAUGUUACUGAUGGAAAUACAUUGCCUUGCAUUUUGGCCGAGAUUCCAGUUAAUGGAAAACUGUCCAUUAAACAGUAGGCUAAGGUGGACAAUGUGACACAGAGUACUGCAUAAGUACAUUAUGUUGCUGCUGAAUCAUGUGGACAGCGUUGUGUGACCAAGUAAUUAAAUACGAAUAAUAAACAUUAAACUUGUUAAUUCAUAAACCCCCUUGUGUAUACAGGCUGUGGACUGCAGGUCCUCUGGUGCAGCAUCACAAUGGCCUCUACAUGAUGUCAUUUGGAACGGAAUGUUUACAGUGUUCUAGUUAGUUCAUACUGAACUUAGUUGUCUCGAAAAGACUACAAUAGGAUAAGAAUACAAAAGGUAUAAAGCAGCUCUGAAUGUUAUGAUUCCAGUAACUGUAGCUGGACAGUAUGAAAUCAAUUCAGAAUGUCCUGUAUCAAAAAGUCUCUAGAUUUGAAGAAAGUGUGUCUGCUGCUAAUCAAUCCAUUUUACCAAGGGGAUAAGUAGGCCCGUCCACACUGUGAGAUCAUCAUCAUUUCUCUUUAUGACAUAAGCAGUUCCAAUCUGUGUCUGUUGUUCAUUUCAGUGUGUUGAUGAGUUGUAAUGGAUGUUGAUGAUGUUUAGUGGUACUGGAUAUUUGAUCAAUAUUUGAUCAAAAUCAGAUUUUAAGUCUCAUCACAAACAAGCAAAAAUGGCUGAGGCCAGCGAAGGUCCAUCACUGCCUCCUCAUCCAUCAUCAAAUCAUUCUGAGCUUACACGCCCGUGUCCAAAAAUGUUCUCAGACUUUUGGCAGGAGCUUGAGUUUUCUCCUCUAAACAAAUAUCUCCAAGAUCUCUCUGAAGAAGAGUGGACACAUUUAAGUAAAGCCAUGCGUGAUCCUAUGACAAAAGCACAGUUUUUCGAAGUCUGCAUGUCCAUUGUGAAGAUUGUGAGCCUGAGCUCCAUGAAGAUCAUUAUUCCAGCAUAUAUCCGCAUGCUGCAGGAGGUUAAAUCUGCUGGCGGGUCCUCCAAAUCCCCAGUGAUGGGACUCACAGAGGAGGAUGUCCAGCAGUGUGUUGAAGAAAAUCUUAAGUCGCUGACUGCCGCCGGGUCAGAGGGCUCAGACACAUCUUCCUCUUCACAUGCGCUCACCUGUGCUGUUGCAAAGGAAGUGAUGUACAGGAUGAAAGCCACCCUCACAGCCUUAGGAAAAACAGCUUUGACGUGCUCGUGCCGUGGGGCUGAACGCAUGAUCCGUCGGGUCACACGGAGGAUUAACACAUGCCUUGGUUCACAGACAGCUCAGCAAACGUCAGCUUCCACUCCUGAGAACAGGAGCGUAGCCUCAGAUGUGGAUACCACCACAGGAGAGGUCAUGAGCAUUGUUCUCCGAACCAUGGAAAGUCAACUGGAUGAUCGAGAGGAUCAACAUGCAAAAGAAGUCCUUAACACCGUGGCAGCGACUGUGAAGAUGAUAGAGGCCCAAAACCAAACACAGAAAGGAGUAAGGUCUCGUAGUAGACAUUCAACACAAAGCAUAGACAAACUUUCAGACACAGAAUUUCAGGAGAAAGCCAGAAACGCUGUCAGUGAUGUGCUUAUGAAGAGACUUCAGUGGGGUGACCUCAGUGGGGAUGAAAAAGGAGGGACCCCAUCUAUUUCAAUGGCUGAUUCAGCAGCAUCUACUCUUACGGACACAUUUAUUGAGGAGAUGAUGUGCUUAGUGCAGUCUACUGAAAGUUUGCCUGAAUCAUUUGAUGGGGAUGAUGUUGAUACCCAAAAGAAAGAGGUGCAGUCUGCCGCCUUUGGGCUUUUCCGUAAAAUGAGAGCCAAGGUUACGGAUAUUUUUAACAUACCAAAGCCAUCAACAGAUCAAGACCUUAAAACAUCCGAAGAAGAUUUAGAGUCAUGCACUAAAAACAUUGUAAAUGAGAUUGUGAUGGUGUACAAGUCAGUGAGUGAAAAUGAUGAUACCAAGUCAUUUGGUGGUCAAUCCUCCAGAGAGUCUUUGGUGAAAAUGACACUUGUUAACAGUGUUUUUGCCCAGCUUAAGAAUUUGGCACAUGGCUCUGAAGACAUCCAAGUGGGUUCAAAUAAGGAGUUACAGUUGCCUCUCCAUCAUCAAAAGAGUGGUACCAGCAUGAAAAGCUCAAGCCUAUCCCCUAUCUCUUCUGAAGUAUGUCUUCAUACUCUCUCAGGUAAGAGCUUCCAAACAGAAGCUAUACAGGCAGUGAGUGGCGUUCUGAAAAAGUCUGUAACAACUUUAACCACUCUUACUGAGCCUGAGAAUCCAUCCACUGCUACGAGCCAGGACAGUGGAGCGGCUGCGUGUGAAAUUGUUGAGUCAUUUGUGAAGGACGUGAGUAGCUUUGAACAACUCAUUCAGGGAUCUGAAUCUGUGGAGGGGUCUGGAGGUCCUUCUGGAACUGACAACCAAAAAACGUCUGCUGCACUCAAACUAUACCAAAAAGUCAAGGUAGGGGUGAAAAAAUAUUUCAUAGCCAACACCUUCCAAAAUAAUACUGAAAACCCUGUUGAAGAAGGUUUGGAGAAUGUAGAGGCUGUUGACUCAUGCACAAAGAAUGUGAUUGGUGAAAUCAUUGGAGUGUACAAGUCAAAGGUGUCAGAUGAUGGUACAGAACAGCCAAUCCAGGAUGUGGGGGGCAUUAUAUCAGAGUUGGAGGGUUUGGCACAGUCAACUAACCCCCCAAAAAGCGAAGACAUUUCUCAUGGUUCUAAGAACAUCAGCACCAGAUCAAGUGCAUCUUCUAUCCAACUCCUCGCUGCCACUCUCCAAAAGCUCUCAAGUGAAAAGGUAUUUAAUCAAGCAAUCCAGCAAGUCAGUGAAGUUUUAAUUAAGUCUGUAAAGAGCCGUACAGGGUCAGACUCUUCUGUGCAACAAGACGGUUCUGUAAGCUUUUCAGAGGCAGAAAUGACUGCACUGGAUGUCACUGACACAGUUGUCAAAGGUGUGGAGAGCCUGUUACAAAUCCCAAGCCAAGGGACUAGUGUCAGUGAAUCACUUAUUUUCUCCGACUUGACUAUCCGGUCCACUACACGUAGUAUUUUUCAAAACUUACAGGGAAAAGUGAAAGACUUUUUCUCAAAACACCAUACUUCAGAUGAUAAGAUGAGCCAAAAGGAUACAAAGGAAGCCCCUAGUAAUAUGCUUGUUUCAACUCAAGAUGGGCAACCAUGCUCGAAUGACUCAACAACUAAAGAAGUGCAGCUACUGAGGGAUCUUGCAGCUGCCAUGCUAGAAGGGGCUAACAUCCAACCAGGUGAAUGCCUUUUAAGUUCUGAACCACGCUCAAACCCUCCCUCAUUAUCACCCUCUAUAUCUAAACCCAGCAGCUCAAAGACGUAUGAUGCACUCCCAGGUUCUCCUCAAGAGGAAAAUUCUCAGGCAUUCUCUAAAGAACUCAGUGAUCGGAUCAAGAGUCUUCUCUUGGAGAGCAACACAAGCCCUCAAGCCAUUACGUUAAUCGCCGGUAAAAGCUCAUCAGAUUCUGUGCUUUAUAUGAAAGAAAACAAAGGUGAAGAAAAGAAGCCGCAAGCUGCUCUUGAAAUGGUAUAUGUAUUUGCAGAGGAGGCAAUCAGGUGUUUGCUUCAACCAUAUUUCCAUCCUUCAAAACCGAACACAAACAAAGAAUUACCCCCACGGCCUGUUUACAGUAAAAUCAUUGACCUGUUCACUAGAGUGAUGGUUUGCCAAGUCAUUGACAAUGUAGCAACAGCCGUGGAACAGGAGGGAGAUGUUCACCCAGAUGAAGUCUUAAAGCAAAACCAACCUAGUCAACCUACUUCUAAAUCCAGUCUUGGACUUAUCUCAUCUUAUUCCACCCCUGACCUGUCUGAUGACAUCAUCAGGGACCUUGAAUGUUUGGAGGAGAACACAGAUACUGCACCAGAUUCUUCCUUGCCCCUUCUGGACUCUGACGACUACAGCUGCUUGGUCACCAUGCUGAUCCUAAGGUUACUUGCUAAGAUCAAAGACCAGCAACUCAUUUCUGCAGAUCUCUUGGAAGCCACCAGAGAGUUAAUUGAGAGGGUCCUCUUGGACUUUACAGAUGUGUCAGGAAUCCCAAAGUCGUCAACUCAUCUAAAGAAUGCAAAGGCUCAAAGGAUCUACAGAAUUGUUUAUGACUACCUAACAAAGGAAUUGGGCACAACGGCUGCCCUUAAAGCUGUUGAGACACAGGAUCUCUCCUUCGACCAGCUCCUGAUCAUGACCUUGACAAAAGAAUUAUUGCUCACAAGUGACAGGCAGGAUCCAACCACCCUGGAUACUCCACCACGUCGUAGGCCUCCCAAAUUGAGGAUCAAUCUAAAGGUAAAGGUCUAAAUAAGCACUGUAUAUUUCAAUCAUUCAUAAUUUUCAUGAAACAUUUAAACCUUCAAAAUAAUCACUCAAUACAUUGUGAGUUGUUAAUCCCAUUCACAUACCUUCAUUAUUCAACUUAAUCUUAUAUUCUUUUCCAGAGACGUAAAUCAGGCAAUGCCAAAGUGGGCCCUGUGCAUGAGGAUCAAGACACAAGUAAGUUUAAUUUAUCUGUAGACCCUCUUAUUCAUUCAGGCUUGGAUGGACUGAGCAGUAUCCUUUGUCUUGCCCUGGGCAUUAACGUAAAUUCUGUGAAAUGUCCCGUUCCUAACAGAGCCACGUGAAGCCACAACAGCACCUCUUCCCCCUGAGAAUGGUGGUUCACUGGAGUCUAAAAAAAGCUCUACCCUCUGCAAGGUUUUCUCAUGCUGUACUGUGUGCAAGUGAACCCUUCACACUCCAUGUGGACGUCCCAGACCUAAGUAACAAUCCCAAUAAAAAUCACUACAUGCACUUAUUCUAUAAAUAUAUCUCUGCUGUGAUACAUGAAUAUACACACAUAAAAUGUAUACAUACACACUACAAACAAAAAGUGCAUAAACAAACCCCCUCUCGUGUCCCUUUUGGCCAUGGCAUGAGAAAGCAAUAUGAACAUCUCUACGGGGAGCACGAUGUAGUCUUCCAGCCACUCAUAAAGCACCCCCAUAGAUCAUUUUGAAAUACAAACUUAAUGUACUCUUACUGUACAUGGAAACAUGCACAUUGACACAUUACAAGGCACACGAGCUGUCAGGUAUGUCAAGGAUGUGCACGUAUGAGGAUGUGCACGUAUGGUGUGGGGAGGCUCUGCCAGUGACCUUAUAACAUAUAGCCCCCCUGGCCAAUGAGGAUAAGACUGUACCCCAACACAUUUAUCUAGAGGUGAUCAGCUUCAGGAAACUUCAGGAUAGUUUUCCUAGUUAUCCAGUGAUACUAACUGAUCUCUGGUUAAUAUAAAGCACAUACUAUGCACUGAGAUCUCUCUGAAGCGCUGUGUCAGAGACAGACAAGCUGAUGAGAAGAACAGUGAUAUGAAUAAGAGGUUGAUCACUGACACUGACAUUGGCUUUGGAGAACAGUGAUAUGAAUAACAGGUUGAUCACUGACACAGACACUGACAUUGGCUUUGAAGAACAGUGAUAUAUGAAUAAGAGGUUGAUCACUGACACUGGCUUUGAAGAACAGUGAUAUAUGAAUAACAGGUUGAACACUGACACUGACACUGACACUGGCUUUGGAAUGCAGAUAAAUGCUUUGGCUUGUCAAGGUUGAGUGCUUCAGUCAAACUGCAAUCCCUGUUUGCCCAAGGCAAAGCUUGCUGCUCAAUCCAUCCCAGAUCUCAUUGGACAUUAGGACUGGUGUCAUUACUGCUCCCCCCACAGGGAGAGUGGUUUCAGACCAGAUCUCAUUGGACAUUAGGACUGGUGUCAUCAUUGCUCCUCCCACAGGGAGAAUGGUUUCAGACCAGAUUCUUCCUCUUGCUCUUUGAGAAGGCACCUGAAGCUGCUCCUCUCCCCUGACCUGACCUCAUACACCACAGGAAAACAAACAAACAAAAACGAAACAACAGCUCCUGUCACACGCAAACCUAUGGCAUUUACGGCCCACCUAAUGAUACACUGCAGCGCAGACUCACUCCAGUCUGGUUGUUCAGUCCAAACUCACGUCCAUAUGUGAGGAUCAAUAAUGAGUCAUUUUAGAUUGCUUUAUUACUGUUCUUUUAACAGCCCUUCAUUUGUUUUCAGAUAUUGUCUAACUACUCAAAUUGAUGACUCACUCAAUUCAGAGUGAUAAAACAGGUGGCAGAAGUAAUGCCCAACUCACCAGCGCUUCCAACACAAGCUGCAGCCACCAAUUGCCCUCAUUCUGUGAGUCAAGUGCUAAACAGUGAUUCAACGA